GCAUCGAGAGGCCUCCUACACAAGGCCGCAAUCAGUGGACAAUACGAGACGGUCAAAAUGCUUCUUGAAAGUGGUGAAGAUGUGGAUCAAAGUGAUCAGGUUUUUGUCUUGCCCGGUCUUUGUUAAUCUAAUGCUCGUGGGUUCUUAUGCACUCGUUUCUUGCUUUUGUAGAUUACGAGCAAGCGCUUGUGUUUGGGUUUGCGCCAUCUUUCCGGCUGGCGGCUAUUAGAAGCUAUAGCCUGCACGAACGCCUUUGAGUAUAAUUGUAUUCCUUGCGUUCAUGAACGAAAACAGCAUUCUGAUUGGCCGGUAGUGACAAAUCGUUGACAACAGGACAGGAAAACCACAAAAUUCUGUUUUUAGCGCAUUUUCGUUAAAACAGACUCUUAACGUCUUUACCUUUUAUAAUCCAGUACUUGCUGAUAGUUUCAGCACGUACUCGGAUUAGCUUUCAUUUUAUGUGUCUUUUUAAAAAUAGGCACGAAAAAGUUCUCUGUAAGACUUUAGGCAAUUUUCUUCCAAAGUACUCCAUCAAACAAGAGUAAACUGUUUACCCCUAAAAUGCAGUAUUUAAGGCCAUGUUCUUUACCCGAGUGUUUUGCUUUCAAUGUCUGAUGGUGUUUCCUAUUAAAUUCAAGGGUAAAGAGCAAAAUAUUAAAGUUUUUAAUGGUGUAACUGGGUGAACCCAUGAAUCCUGUCAUUAGUAUGUCGAGUAAGUGUAGCUCUGAAUAGAACUGCUGACCACACUGACAUUUUAAUAACCUGUGCAGAAGUCUACAUAAGAGUCAAGGGAAAUUCUGAUAAUCGCUUCGAUACAGGGUGUAGAAAACGCCAACUUCUGUCACCAACAGACCUAUAUUCGGUACUUCACGCACCCAGACGAUCAUAUUCAAACUACUUUAACAAUUUUAUAUGUUGUAGUUAUUUUUUUAUCUCACUUAUGUUUUUGUUUUUCUAUUGUUUAUGGUAAUGUACGCUAGCUAAUGAAGUUGAAACAUAAGAAAAAUAAAAAUUACCUGAGCUUACAAAUUAACUACAACAUAUACGAGUCUGUAACGAUGAAAAGUUAAGGGGACUUUGAACUUGGGGGAAAGUGACCCGCCGUGAAAAGGAAAAAGAAAAAGUCCUUCUUUUACGUCGGUAGCUCAAAACAGACAUCUGACCAACUAACCUGAGGCCGACGGCGCGCUCAUUUACUCCGCCCCCCUCCCCUUCCCCCCAGCAUAGCGAAGUUCUGAACGUAAACAGAUAGCCUUGUUCCACCAAUUCCUAAUGGAAAGUGGCCUGUAAACGUUGCAUUUGGGCUCAGUUUUAAUGUUGCACUUGGCCCCCUCCUUGUAAAAUGAAGAAAAUGAAUUGGUCCAGUGACAGCCUCUAGAUUUAUUUUAUGAAAGACCAUCAUUAUUGCUGGACAAACUGCCCGUUCACACCCUUUUCUAAUUGCUUUUUUUCUUCCUAUUUCUUCAGUUUUCUUUGACUCCUCUUCAUCUUGCCUGUUGGUAUGGACAGGAAUCUAUUGUCAUACUGUUGUUAGAACAUGGUGCAAACGUCAAAGCUAAAGACAGGGUGAGAUAGUGAACGUUUUUAUUUUUACAUUAAACAAUAUAUUGCCGAGAGAGAGGAGUGAGGCAAGGGAAGUUGUUGCGUGUGAAUCUCUUACGGUGGCAGAUAAAUUAAAUUUAACGACUGCGUUGAUAUCACUGCUAUUUUAUCUUUGUGUCCUUACCGUGUUACAUUUACUUUCAAUAGUACGUUCCUAAUUUGUUAGUUUUUUUGUUGUGCUUCUACACUAGUUGUUUUUAUUUGUUAUUCAUGAGAAAAUUGGGCUAUAAUAAAUCAUUUAAUUAAAAAAUUGAAAAAACCUUAGAAGGCAGAAAGUCUAGUUUUGCAAACUUUUAACUGUGACCGUAAGAUUUCCUCUGCAGAAUUGAAGGUUUCGUUGCGCAGGCAAAGGAAAUUGCUCUUAUUCGCUCUAGGGACCGGCCUAAACAAGACGCAGUGUAAUCGUGAAGACGGGGCUUGCAUAAAUUGCAUUGCACCUGUAACUGUUACUCCGGCCAUUACCAUGUGAGGGAAAUCUGAGGGAAACUAGACUUUUCUAUACUGUUUCUGACUACCAAUUACCUUUCCUAUAAUUUACAACCACCCCGUGGACUCGUCGUCCCCGAACAGUGUGAGAGUGCUUUAACGUCCCGUAGAAUUUACCAUAUGUGCAAGAAUGGUGAGACGGAGCUUACGGUUUAUCGUCCUUAUCCGAGGAGACUAGAAAUAUUAAAGAGUCGAAUGGCACAGCAUAUUUCAAAUAUUUCUUCCUAUAAUUUCAGUAAACGAAGGUCCCUUAAGUGUCCACUAAAUGAAGGUUUCCUUUUCUUUAGGAUAAUGAACAGUUCUUUAUUGCAAUACCUUAUGUAGACAUACCGCUAGUUGGAAUAUUUCUUCUUGGUAAAUAACAAGUGAUAAGUAACACGAAUUACAGUACGUACUCUGCUUGUUAUGUUUUUAGUUUCAACGUACACCUCUGCAAAAAGCUGAACGUCAAGAACACCAUUCCAUUGUUUGUUGAUAAUGUUGAACGUUACAGUGGGACCCUAUACAUUGUCGUAUGAGCUUUUAUCCUAGCUUAUAUCGCGAAGACCUUAUAUUGGUUCUUCUCUACACGAACAUUUUCUUCAUUCCCUCGGUUACGACCAUCCGAAGAUCACAGUACAGUAGAUCCUGUAUUAAACGGACACCAUAUUAAGCGGAUGAGUUGCUCAAUUUUUGUCUCAAACGUUUCGUCCCAUAUUUACUGUGAGCUUACUGUAAAACGAACCCAUUAAUAGCGGACACCAGCAAAGGUCGCGUGUGUGUCCAACACAGUUUUCAUCGUAUAUGAUAUUUCUUGGUUAUUGAUGUCCAUGGUUCUGGCAUUGCGUCUUAUACACGUGCUCUCUCUGAAUUGUUUUGGACACACUAGGGAUCUAGGGAUGUGUUUUAAUAUACUGCAAUCGUAUGAAGGGAAGAAAACUUUAUUACUGUUUGGGAAGUGCAUCUCAACUUAACGAGCAAAUCCUUACCCCCACAUUUACCUCCAACUGGUUUUUUGCUGUGUUGCAGGAUUUGCCAAAAGUUUAACUGAAGUGUAUUAUUUAGCCUGGGAUUAGCUUUCCAAUGUAAUCGAGAUAUCAUGGGGUGUGACUGGCGCUGUGGGGACCUAGUAGUUUCAUUCAAAUAACUCCUCAUUAAUAGCCACCAUCUAAAUUCUGUUCUCCAAAAUCACAUGAAACGUUUGUUCACAACGACCAUUUUUUUUCGAAUUCGCUGAUAGUGCCUACACUUGCUACCUGCAGGAAACAAAGAAAAGUCAACGUUGUUUAGAAGGGUGGAGGAGCAAUCUAGAAAGUCUUGUUUUCAAAACCUUUCCCCAUCUGACAGCUAAAAAUUCAGUAUCAUUACUGUCAAACUCAGAAAAGCUAGAGAAUUAGAAAUAUUUUGGAAAUGUUCAUUGUCUUAUGAUCAAUCCAUUAAGGACUGGUUAGCGAGCUUCAAACCACAAAAUAAUUACCGUUUCUGCAUGCUGCUUACUUCUCCCUCACUUCGUUGGCUUCUUUCCCCUUGACACGAUAACAUUCCAGAAAUAAUUUUGGUGUUGAUAGUUUUCCAGGAACAACAAUAAUUAACAUUUUAAUGCGCGAGUUUCUAUAUAAAUAUCAGCGCGUUUGCUGUUUCUGAAUUGGUUAUAAUUUUAAACAAAAUGUAUAUUUGCCCCCUCAGGGAUUUCGCCCAGAAGGCGAAAUCCCGAGGAGGCACUCUAAUAACUCGCGCGUAUAUUAAGGAAAGUACUUACAGCUGAAAUAUACAGUCAGUAUGCCAGAAAAAAUCUCGAUUUGCUUGAACAGGGGCCGCGACAUCCUCGGAGACCCAUGGGCAGUCAGUCGGGUCCGGAGAAAAGGCGGGGAGAAAGUUUUCAAGUGAGGGCGAAAGAGCCCCUGGGUACGGACUCUCACCAGACCAUUUCCAAAAAUUCAAGCGGAUGCCGGCUCCUGAUUGGGCACAAAAAAAUGCUUUAUACAAUAUACAGAGCAGGGGCAGCUGUAGUGUCAACUAUUGCUAGUGUAACCAUAGCAGCCAACCAACAUACUUUGUGUAAAAUUUGUUCAUUUGCAUUAAGAGUCUAUUAUCUGUAGGAAAGUAGUGCUAAAUGAAUUCUCUCUUUCUAAUUUGCGCUCAAAAACAUGAUCAUUCUUAUCAUAGGUCUGUCUAAAGAAACUCUCAAGAAAAGCCUUCUUGUAAGUGGAUAAACAAUCUGGAUUUAAUCUGCUCCAGGCGGCUGUCUUAGAGGGAAAAUACGACAUUGUUUUAAAAGCUAAUGGCCUUCUUGAGAAUUUUUUAGAAGAGAUGGAACAUAGAAAAACGGGAAAUAACGCCAAAGGAUUUCCUGGGAAAACUGCGGUUGACAUCUUAUCACUUGUGUUGGGAACAAAAUCAAGUCCUUACAGUAUCGAAAGAUUUUAUAAAAAUUGGGCUGAGAACAACAGCAGACUGACUAAGCUUCAGUGGGGUACAUGCAAUGACGAUGUGGAACAGGAAGUGGAGUUUGUAUUAAGUGACGGUGUAGAUAUUAAUGCCCGAGCGUCAGACAAUGAUUACACAGCUUUGUUGUGGGCGAGUCGUUCAUCCUCAAGUCAGUUUAUUGAGACCCUCAUUGAUCUAGGGGCCGACGUUAAUGCCCAAAGGAAAAGUUACACCUUUAGUAUUAGCAAUUGACGAGUGGAACAACUACAUGGCAGCGUGCUUGCUUUUAAGGCAUGGAGCUGAUGUAGAUGUCCAGGGUGGUGAUGGGUUCACACCAUUGCACCUUUCAGUCAAUAAAGGUCUCGAAAACCUCAUCAGAUUGUUAGUUGAACACAACGCGGAUGUAAAUAUUCAAGAUACACGGGGAUAUACACCCUUGCACUUGUGUACCAGAAAUAGUGACGAAAACCUCUGUAGAUUGUUACUUGAACACGACGCGGAUGUAAAUAUUCGAGAUAAAGAUGGAGAUACACCCUUGCACUGGUGUGCCUUGAGGGGUAACGAAAACCUCUGUAGAUUGUUACUUGAACACAACGUGGAUGUAAAUAUUCAAGAUACACGGGGAUAUACACCCUUGCACCUGUGUGUCAGAGAGGGUAACGAAAACCUCUGUAGAUUGUUACUUGAACACGACGCGGAUGUAAAUAUUCGACAUAAAGAUGGAAAUACACCCUUGCACUGGUGUGCCUUGAAGAGUAACGAAAACUUCUGUAGAUUAUUACUUGAACACAACGUGGAUGUAAAUAUUCAAGAUACACGGGGAUAUACACCCUUGCACUUGUGUGCCAGAAUCGGUAACGAAAACCUCUGUAGAUUGUUACUUGAACACAACGCGGAUGUAAAUAUUCAAAAUACAGGGAAAUAUACACCCUUGCACUUGCGUGCCAAAGAGGGUAACGAAAACCUCCGUAGAUUGUUGCUGGAACACAACGCGAUGCAGCAACAUCAUAAGUUCUGA